AUGGCUUCCGGCGCGCUGCUGGCGCUGGGUGCGGUGCUGGCCGCCGGCUCGGGCCCCGGGGCGGUGGGCGCGGGGUCGCUGUGGGUCGGGGUCCUCCAUGGUUCGCGCUGCGCGGCCCGGUGCCUGAGUCUGCGGCUGCUGCAGAACAAUGGUUCCCUGGUUUGGUGCCAGAAUGACAAGCAGUGUUCGACGUGUCUGGAGCCCUGCAAGCACCCAGGGGAGCUGGAGACGCAGCCAUGUCAGAGCUUCUGUGAGCCGCUGUUCCCCGUGUGGAGCCACGAGUGCCUGAGCAGCUGCGCCUUCAUUCGCUCACUGCUGGUGGCCAAGCAGGGGACGUGUCCGGCGCCGGCCCGAGCCAGCGGCUUCGCAGCGGCCUGCGUGGUUGGCUGCGAGGUCGACGCCGAGUGCCCCGGGGGCCGGAAGUGCUGCUCCAAUGGCUGUGGCCGCACCUGCCAGGCACCCCGGGGGGCCUUCCGAGGGGUCCCCCUGAAACCCCGGAGGCAGCUACGGCUCAGGGAGCUGGGGUCAGGGCCCCUGGAGGUCCGGUGGUCGUCCAGGUUCAACGUCUCCCUGGAGCCCGUGGUGUACGUGGUGCAGCGCCGGUGGAAUUAUGGGAUGGCGCCCAGUGAGCAUAGGGCCACUGCAUGGGAGACAGUGGCCCAGACCACAGACCAGCGAGUCCGGCUGCCCGAUGUCCGGCCAGGCCGCUGGUACCAGUUCCGAGUGGCCGCCGUCAACGUGCACGGCACCCGGGGCUUCACCACUCCUGGCAGGCACUUCCGGUCAUCCAGAGCUCCGUCGGCCCCACCGGCCCCUGCCAACCUGCGUGUGCGGAACUCCACGGUGCAUGGCGCUGAUGGGACUGUGGCUGCCACCGUGGCCUGGGAGCCCCCUGAGGACCCCGACGUCCCCGUGCACCACUACAGGGUCUCCUGGGGCCGCGUGGCCGAGGGGCAGCGGUGGAGGAAGACAGCAGACGGGCACCGGAGCUCAGUGACCCUGCAGCGCCUGCGUCCCGGUGGCGUCUACACCGUGCAGCUGCAGGCUGUGAGCCAGUGGAGGCCGACACGGCUGCAGAGCCCAAAGGCUGCCCUGCACUUCACAGCCGCCGGCGGGCCCCAGCUCCAGCCCAAGGCAUUGACACUGAGUCAGCAUCCCUCGAACUUCCCAGGAGCCUUUGCAGUGAGCACUCUGUCAAUCAUGGGUCAUCAACAUUUUGAACGGAUUUCCCAGAAGCCUUUGCAGUUGGGGCUCCUGUCAAUCAUAUGUCACCAUGGACAUGCCAAGAGGACUUCCUAGAAGCCUUUGCAGGGAGUGCUCCUGUCAGUCAUGCAUCAUCUGCAUGCCUAAUAGACUUCCCAGAAGCCUUUGCAGUCGGGGCUCCUAUCAAUUGGUGCACAGUCCUCGAUUCACACAGGCAUGACUGCCACACCCAUGAACAUGCAUGUGCAAACCCGGCUACAUACGUGUGCACCCCACAGGGCAGCCACACGCAGAUCCGGGGUCACGAUCUUUGAUGGAGAGGCAGCUGCAUGACCCCAGGGUCACAACGUUUGAUGUGACACGGACAGGCGGCCGUGUGACCAUGUGACUUUUUUUAUUUAAUUCUCAUUCCUCCCGAUUGGGCCAUGUGGAAAAUUGCAAGAUGGCUUCCUGUCGCCUGGUUAUUUAUUGACUGCAAUAAACAUGGUCGGGGUCUCUGUACAGUGGCCCUGUUGUCCUGAGGGUCCAGGCUGCCCCGACCAUCAAAUCCAGUGAUGGGUGGAACCCUCAGGUCCCUGGAGUUCACCCUGGGGCCCCUGGACCAGAGUUCCUGGUUCUAAGCUGCUGUUCCAUACUUGCCGAGUCAUGGUUCUAUACCUGCCAAAUCUUAUUUCUAUACCUGCCAAGUCAUGGUUCCAUACCUGCCAAGUCAUGCUUCCAUACCUGCCAAGUCAUAAUUUCUAUACCUGCUGUCACGCUUCCAUACAUGCUGAGUCAUAUACCUGCUGAGCCAUCUUUCUAUACAUGCUGAGUCAUGGUUUUACACUUGCUGAGUCACGCAGCUAUAGGCUCUUGUGGUGACAGCAGAAAGUGCUCUGUGCCGGGGACCGACUGCUGUGCAGUGACUGACAGCUGCUCCAAGAGACCCGGGACCCUCUGGGUGGCCACCCCUGAUCCCCACUCCAUUCUGCACAACCAGGGCCAGAUUGAUGGUUUCCCAGUCCAGUCGGGGCGGGCUCUGAGGGUGACAGGUUCCUGGUACAGUCCGGGGCAGACUCUGAGGCAGACGGACAGGAUCCCAGUCGGUUCAUCUGCAUCUAUAAGGAACACCUGCUGCUUCCUUUGCAGUGAACACUUUAUGGGAUUCAUUGUGAACCCUGAGUCCAGGUUCCUGUCUGUGUCAAAGGUGGCCAACUGAUCCACAGAUGGAGCCACAGGUUUGUGUCCAGGAUAAAGACGGCCGACUGAGCCACACGUGGCCCCAGGUCCGUGCCCAAGAUAAAGAUGGCCAACAGCCACGUUGGGAGCCACGCAUGGCCCCAGCUGCCCAGCAGGUGCAUGGCUACAGCCCUGAGGCCCCAGCUGCCCAAAUCUGCAGCCAUGGCUUCCAGACCACAUGGCCCGGGGCCAGCUGGUUGGGGACAUUGGGGGACACAGAGCUCCGGUGCUCUGCCACCGCCUCCAGGAUGGCCUCCAGGAUUGCCUGGUGGCGCGGCUCGGUGUGCGGCAUGAGGGGCAUGGCCUCACCAGGGUCGCGGGCCAGGUUGAAGA